UUAUGAGUAUAAGAGGUGGAGAGUUUGGACCGCUCCCUUCUGAACUGCAGCUCAGUUAAGAGGGCAACAAUGUCUAAGGUUGGAUUUCUCUGUUUGGUAUCUUGCUGCAUCAUUGUUGUAGUUUUUGCUGAAAGUAAACAGCCAUGCCAGCCACCACCACUAACAAGUGGGUAUCUUUGGAUGACUGCUGCUAAAGGGUUGGAGGCAGGAGGAGGGCCAUUCAGCUAUGAUUCUCCAGGGAAACGACUCCGAUUCAGAGACAAUGAGGCACUGCUCAUGAAGAAGGCCAAAUACCUAGAUGUCCUGUUUUUAUUUGAAGAGGGCAUUUUCUAUGAGAUCGACAGCAAAACCAGCACUUGCAAGAAAAGGCCUUUGCAAUCAACGCUUCAUCCUAUGGAGAUCCAACCAAACAUGACGAUCGUGGGAGACAUGUAUAUGGGCAGCAGAGUAGACAGUGGGCAAGGGCUCAGUAUGAAGAACUGGCUGAUGGUGGCACCGCAACUUAAUGGUGUGUUUGUAGUCAGCACCAGCACUGUUGGCUGCCUCACACUUAGUUCAGUGCUGUUCACUCAGUCAAAGGACCUGCUUAUAUUCAGUUUUCUUGAGGUUGUUAAAGAAGUGAAGGACCCACAGGUGUUUGUGCCUCCAACAUUCUGUGAUGAUGUGCCUUUGGAACCUGAAGGAAAUACCUUUUUUGGGUUCUUCUUAAACCAAGCACACCUUUCAUGAAGCCCGUACACGCUCUGUGAAGCAUGCAGAUAGAGUCCCUUUUUGGUUGAUAGUAUGUUUGCUGUCUGAUAUGACCAUUUGCUAAACCUCACCUUUAAGUGAAAGGUUUCAUAUUCAUUUUUAAUGCUUAUGAGAAUUGCAUUGAUGUGCAGAUUAAUGAAUAUACCUAGAUGUCCUGUAUAUUCAAUGAAUUAAUAUACAACUGCUUUCUGUAAGUUUGAAAAUCUACACACUACUUUCUUCAUUCCAAUGAAAACUGUGAAACUGACAAUAAAAAAGUUUUUUUCUUCUGUCA